UAUUAAUACCGUUUUUGUUAUUACAUUAAUCGACAGUUUCAUUUUUUACGCGUUGCGCGUCGCAUAGGGUAGUAUACCGUUUACCGCACCCGCAAGAAGCCGAAAGCACGACGCACCGCGGCACGCUUGAAGAACGCGCGAAAGCCAGAUCCGUUGACUGUUUGACGCAUUGCAGGUAGAAGUCGACCAAUAGCGAGCGUCGAUCGUACGAGUAGACGUUGUAAACAAGCCGCACCCGACGUUUAAACAUGACAUAUAGUUCGCGGUGAUAACUAGAUCCGUAAAAUAACUUUCUUUAAUUCAAUAAAAUUUGCUUAUAUUGGACCGAUUUGAAAAUUUGGAAAUUGUAUAAAUUUUUUUGUAAUAAGGUAUAUUAUUCGAUUGGUUUAUUAGAGUGGAAAUACGGUCGUUUCGGCGUAGGAAUAUUUCCACCGGUUAGUGUCGUAGCCGCACUAUUGCGCUUUGGUGGUUUCGCAGCAGUUAACCCCUCUCCUCACCAACGUCGAUCCUAAACAAAACGAGAAGACAGUUGGCUGGUGCACUUUGACGAGAGGCGUUGUUUGUUACUACGUUGUGUCGACAUUUUUCUGUUUAGUGUACCAAUUAAUCUUUAAAUAUUACCAUGGCUGACCAACUCACCGAAGAACAAAUUGCCGAAUUCAAAGAAGCAUUCUCACUGUUCGAUAAAGACGGCGAUGGUACAAUUACUACUAAAGAAUUAGGUACUGUAAUGAGAUCUCUAGGACAAAAUCCAACUGAAGCCGAAUUACAGGAUAUGAUUAAUGAAGUAGAUGCUGAUGGUAACGGUACGAUCGAUUUCCCAGAAUUUUUAACGAUGAUGGCGCGUAAAAUGAAAGACACCGACAGUGAAGAAGAAAUUCGUGAAGCAUUCCGAGUAUUCGAUAAGGACGGUAACGGUUUUAUUUCCGCAGCAGAAUUGCGUCACGUCAUGACCAAUUUGGGUGAAAAAUUGACGGACGAAGAAGUCGACGAAAUGAUCAGGGAGGCCGACAUCGACGGUGACGGUCAAGUCAAUUACGAAGAGUUCGUCACCAUGAUGACUUCAAAAUGAAGAAAUCACGUGUCGCAUUUUCAGCUUUCCAUUGUUUCAUCCCGGCUCAUUGUCUACAUUUUUCAACACCUCGAACUUUUUUGCUUUGUGGCCGGGCCCACUAAAGUGAAUAACUUAACCGUUAUUUCAUUUACAAGACAAAUUUAAUUAAUAAAUAUAUUUAUAAAUUAAUAUUA